GGCGACCAUUCAAAUGUGAUUUUAUUUGCCAUUUUAAAAUCUGUGUAGUUGUAUUUUGUGAUUGUGAAUGCGAUAAUAUUAUUUGUGGGAACAAAAAAGAAAGAGCACAUUCGGGGUUGCCCGCACUGCGACCGAUCGAUACAGCCAACGCGCAUGCGCAAACAACCCCUGAAUACGUCAGUGGUGAAACGACGCGGGUGGCUGCUGGUAUUCCAAAAUGCCCAAGCCGACGCCUGUCGAGGACUUGAUAAUACCCCCUCAAGACCAGAAAAUAUGUGGGACAAUAUGUAUAUGUCAAAUGACAGCUGUGCUCAGCUGCGUCGCGAUUGUGUACCUCACAGUGGCUAUUUACAUGCCCUACUCCCGCGCUAUAGCCUCAGGCAUCGACCCGGUUCCUAUUAUGUGCACGACGACUCGAGCUGUCAAUAAAGACAACUGCGAUUGGGGAUCUUGCGGAGAAUGGUGUUUGAGCAAAACAUCAGGCGCUUGCAUCCAGAUCUACGUUAACGUCAGGAGAAACGGCUCUUCUUUACUUCUAUCCGAAUGCGGAAGUGCUGCCAAUAAAACAUGUUAUGGAAUCGAUCAAGAGAACGCCAAGAAAUAUCACUGCAUCCGUGACGAAUGUAGAAAUCUAACAGGAACCUUCAAUUGCACUGAAGGAAAAUGUAUUAACAUAACUGAUGCCUUCGAAUGCGCGUUCAGGGAAACAGAUCCGCCAUUAAAAUGUUCUGGAAGAAGAGGGAAGAUUACAUGUAUAGACGUUCACGGGUUGUUUUCUUGUACAAGAGGCACUUGUAGAAAAAUAAGAACACCAUACAAUUGUGACCGAAGAUGCGUUGAUAUUCCUACCCGUAAUAAGAAUGUGAUUGUGCUAAGUGGUGACAGAGUGUUUUUAGCUAAAUGUGCUAAAUUAGCUCAAGAGGAUGGAGGUGCAGUGGUUUGGACUGAUUCUGGAGAGGAAGUUUUAAUGUUGUCAUGUCAUGCAGUUCAUAAUGGCACGUCGGGAGUUGUUGCUGUUGAUUGUAUCAAUGCAGCUUUGUUACCUCGCAACGAUAUUUCUGAUCUAACCAAUUUUACAUAUCUCCAAUACUUAUAUACCUCAAGAGCCACUCCGAACCGUUUCAUUGCUCCUUCUGAAGUAGAACUUACUUUAGCUAAUGAUAGUCGCUUGAUGAUUAAUUUAGAAGGCUGUGUAAACACAUUGGCCGAUGAAUGCAAAGAAUUUCUCAAAGAUUAUGGAAGAGACGGUGCCGAUCAUAACGCAAAAGCCAGAUUUCCUUGCUUCUACACUGAAAAUGACCCAGAAAUCGUUGUUGCUAGAUUUGAUUUAGAUGCCACCUAUCGUCAAUUUAUUAUAGCUUUGAUUUUGCCGACAGUACUCGUUUUUGUAUCGUGUAUAACAUUAGUACUGUGUCAAAAGACAAUUGAAGUGGGUGAUGAUGCAAAGAUGAGAUUCAAAGCUUUCAAGAAAGGCGGUGUUCAAGCUGAUAUGCAAAUGUCCCCGAACGAUCCUGUUUCUCCACUCUGA